GAGCGACUGUCCGUCUUUUUAUUAUUUAUUUAUUUAUUUACUUACUUACUAACUUGUUUGUUUGUGUCCGAACAGUUUUUAAAGGGCCAGUAUCAGGGUUGCUCUUAGGAAGGACAGGGUACAUCACCUCUCAUGGGUGAGGACAGGGUUAAGAGUGGAGGGAUUGUCUUGAACGGAGCCCCCACCCUUGCGGGAAUCUGGGUGGGAUACCGCCAAAACUGGCGUCCACAGCUCUAGAUUUAGUGACCCAGCCCAGGAAAGUUGUCUACAGAAGUCAGGGUGCUAUUCCCCGGGAUCUUUUCACACGAGGCAGGAUUCAGCCAGCUUGGGAAGGUGUUCCACUUCAGAUCCAGAGAGCUUGCCAAGUCUCUGAACUAUACGCAAACAUCUUAGAAGGGCUCCUUCUCCCCUUUUUUCAUUUUAGCGGUCAUCCAGCCCCAGCCUACUCUCGAAAUCCCGUCCCCAGCUGAAGCACAACACUGGGUUACUACUGUGGGGGUGGGACCACCCUUGAGUCUUCCUAGUCCUAGCCUGCCACCCGGGCUCUGGGCUUGUGCAGUUGCAAAUUACAGAGCCGUUGGAGGCCACUGCCAGCCUGAGAUAAAGAGAUGUGGCAGCUGCUUAUCUCCCCUUGUCCAGCCUGCUGGAAGAAAACAGCCCAAAGAUGAGAGUGAUUCGUGUGGGUACCCGCAAGAGCCAGCUGGCUCGCAUACAGACGGACAGUGUGGUAGCAACGCUGAAAGCACUAUACCCAGGCCUGCAGUUUGAUAUCAUUGCUAUGUCCACCACAGGGGACAAGAUUCUUGAUACUGCACUCUCUAAGAUUGGAGAAAAGAGCCUAUUUACCAAGGAGCUGGAACAUGCACUGGAGAAGAAUGAAGUAGAUCUGGUCGUUCACUCCCUGAAGGACCUGCCCACUGUGCUUCCUCCGGGCUUCACCAUUGGAGCCAUCUGCAAACGAGAGAACCCCUGCGAUGCUGUUGUCUUUCACCCCAGAUUUGUUGGAAAGACCCUAGAAACCUUGCCAGAGAAGAGUGUGGUGGGAACCAGCUCCCUGCGGAGAGCAGCCCAGCUGCAGAGAAAAUUCCCACAUCUGGAGUUCAAGAGUAUUCGGGGAAACCUCAACACAAGGCUUCGAAAGCUGGAUGAGCAGCAGGAGUUCAGUGCCAUCAUCUUGGCUGCAGCUGGCCUGCAGCGCAUGGGCUGGCAGAACCGGGUGGGGCAGAUCCUGCACCCUGAGGAAUGCAUGUAUGCUGUAGGUCAGGGGGCCCUGGGUGUGGAAGUCCGAGCCAAGGACCAGGAUAUGUUGGAUCUGGUGGGUAUAUUGCAUGAUCCUGAGACUCUGCUCUGCUGCAUUGCUGAACGGGCCUUCCUGAGGCACCUGGAAGGAGGCUGCAGUGUGCCAGUAGCAGUGCAUACAGCUAUGAAGGAUGGGCAACUGUACCUGACUGGAGGAGUCUGGAGUCUGGAUGGAUCAGAUAGCAUGCAAGAGACCAUGCAGGCCACCAUUGCUGUCCCUGCCCAGCAUGAAGAUGGCCCUGAAGAUGAUCCACAGCUGGUGGGCAUCACUGCCCAGAACAUUCCACGAGUAGCCCAGCUGGCUGCUGAGAACCUGGGCAUCAGCCUGGCCAACUUGUUGCUGAACAAAGGAGCCAAGAACAUCUUGGACGUUGCACGGCAGCUUAAUGAUGCCCACUAACUGGUCUAUGAGGCAGAGUUGCUGCUGUCCAGUACCUACAUCCCAACUCUUAUUGCUCCAUUCUCACAGUUAACCGGGGAGUAAUUACCCCAGAGGAUUGAACUGCAGAGUCAGAGACUUCCAGGGACUGCCUUUUCUUCUCAAUAGGUGGGGGCUUCAUCUUAAGAGUCUAAGCCUCCUUUGAAUGUAACCAGCUCUACUAUAAACCAACUCUUAAGAUUUUUUUUGGCGGGGGGGUGGUAGGGUUUCAGUAAAGAUAAGAAUAUAAAACCCUUUACUCCUUAUUUUGGAGGCUGGGACCUCUGUCCAAAGUUCUUCUGGAACACUCCUGUUUUCUGGCUCAGUAGUUCUCACUUCACUUCUAAUAGAGCAAAUUGUCUCCCAGGGAACACCGAGUGAGCCAUAACCUUAAAAUCUUAUAGCUUGCCCCUCUCCAGUUAACCAGAGGCUUUUAUCAUAGUCCCCCUAACCCCCACUACCUCAGGAGUUGACAAAGUCAUCUAUCCCACAUUUUCGGCAAAAUGAAAACAGCGACUCAUUUUUAAAAAACAAUCUUUUAAUAAACAAAAUUAGUCCAUCUGAAACUACCCAA